GGGUUAUAUCCUCAGUAAGUGGCAGUUUCAUUAAUCAGAGUUUGUACUUUUUCUGACCUCAGUGCAGAUUUGGUGUGUGCUAUAUAAUUGGGUUUAUAUGCAAAUGUCAGAAAUGUGCAUCAGAACUGAGGUUUCCUAAGUGAUACUAGUGGUGACAUAUGCAAUACUGAUAAUUGAAAAGAGUUGUCAAUGUUCAAAGGAUUGUUCUACUGCUAGCAUGAAGAUUUGAGUUCAAAUCCCUAGUGCGGCUGGUUCUAUUUAGCAAUGCUAAGCUCAAUAGGGUGAUUUCAUCAUGCAAUUAACAUGAAGUUUAUCAAUUUGCAUACUUGCUGAGUAGCUGACAGUGCUUAGGGUGGGGAAUUGUCACACAUUUGAUGUUUUUAUAUGUCAUCAAACUGAGUUGUUACCAGUACAGUUACUCUAUGAGUAAACUUGCCGCUCAGGUUUCUGUUCCUCAUUUCGACAACACUUCUACGAUGGCUAUGAAACCAUGUUGGCAUUCUGGAGAUUGACUGCUUCACACUCAACUCUCAAUCACUUUCCGCUGUUUGGUUAUGUGGUGGAACCCACUCACUUCCCACAGAACACACAGCAUUUGAAUUAUCAUUUACCUGUUUUGAAGAAUUGGCCUCCCUUGUAUGCUUUUGUUCAUUCAUUCCCUAGAUUUCAUUCUUUGGGAGCCAUGCACGUCAGUGCUGACAUGGCUGAGAAAUUUGAUAUUCUCAAUGUCUGCCAUUCUAUACUUGGCAUGAAUUCAUAUGAGAAGCAAAGCUCGAUCAGGGAGGUUCAAUCAAUGCAUCAUACUGACUCUCCAGACAGUAUUAGCAAGGAAGAGAAGGAAAGACAGAGACGAAAAAAAAUAGGACUAGCCAACAAAGGGAGAGUACCAUGGAACAAAGGCAGGAAACAUAGUUCGGAGACUUGUGCGCGAAUCAAACAGAGAACAACAGAAGCCUUAAAAGACCCCAAGGUUAGAAAGAAGAUGUCUGAGCAUCCCCGGCCUCAUAGCGCGGAGUCCAAGGCAAAAAUGCGUUCUUCACUUAGACGUGUUUGGGGACAGCGUUUAAAAUGGAAACGGUUAAGGGAGAAAUUAUUUCUGUCAUGGGUUGAAAGCAUAGCAGAGGCAGCUAAGAAAGGUGGUAGAGGACAGCAAGAGCUGUGUUGGGAUAGCUAUGAGAAGAUAAAGCAAAAAUUACAUCUCCAAGAGCUUCAGCUGGCUGCUGAAAAGAAAAAGGAAAAGGCGAAGGAGAGGACAAAGCAAAGAGCAACGACAGCAGAACAAGUUAAAGAAAAAAAUAUGGCAAGGAUUGCUUGUGAGAGGAGAAAAGAUGGAGAAGUCUAUGAAGAUACUGAAGAGUUGACAGUUCUUCAAGGGCGGAAUUGUAAGCAGAGAUUAAUGAAGUUGGAAAGAAAAACUUCAACAAAUGGACAAGUUGCUGCUCGAGGGGACAUAGUCAUGUCGCAUAUCUCAGCUUUUGAGAAACUGGAUCUAGAGCUUAUGAAGAGAGAAAAAAUGCAGAAAGAAUUUUCAUUUGCAGACCAGAUCAAAGCUGCCAAAAACAAAAGAAUGGAAUUAACUAUGGAAGCCUUAUCCUCUGUUCAUGCAGCCAACAAGAAACCAGGGGAGUAUGCUUAAAUUUCCACAUGCCUAGCAGCAGUUGAAAUAGAGGUAAGAGGUGUAUGGAGGGCAACUUUUUUUUCUUCUUUAAAGAGGGACAAUUUGCUUGUUUUUAUGUAGCUUAAUGUUCAUUUGUUGAUGGUUUGUAGAAAGAGAAAAUAUCGGACUCUUGGAUGCAUUUUUCCAACUAGUCGCAAGAGUCUGGUCAUUUGUUUUCAGGGCUUCAUUCCAAUGUUAUAUGGAAGAGGUCCAUCUGGCGACAGCUUUAUGUGAAAAAUUUGUUGGGUGAAUUUGUCAUGACCAGAAAUUAUAUAAUCCGCUUUCAAGCAUAGGAAA